UCAAUAAACAACGCAGUCUUGACAGUCAAGAUAGAUGACGGGGGUCAGCGUGUCGCCUAUCAGUCACGUGGUGUAGAAAGGUGGAGCUUAGGACAUUCCCGGAUGUAGAGUAUCUACGAGAAAGGCGAUUGGUCGAGCGUACGAGGGUGGAGAUUCGUACUCCCCACUUGGCGGAGCUUCGUUCAUAACAUUGGAAAGCGACGAGAUGCGGAGACGUGUGUAAUAACAGAGCCCGAAUCCAUUCAUGUUGACUCCGUCGAGCCAUGAACUGUAUUUUCGGGAACGCACUGUUGUUCCUGAGCAGUUUAUGUGUAGGGAUGUCGACCACCGAACCCGAACAAUGCGAAAUUGCCAGGAUGAAGUGCGCUUAUAGAGUGGGUUGCGGGAUGGCUUUACGCAGUUACAUGAUCGACUGUGCCGAAGUCAUGGCAGGUAGAUCCAAGAGAUGUCCCGCUCCCUGCAAACGAGCUCUGGUAGCGUUGAUGAGUACCGAAGAAGGUCAAGUACUAGUGGACUGCGAUUGUCACAAUUCCGAAUUCUGCGAGCAAAGUAAAGAACGGAUCGAAGUAUGUAGGCCCGAGGUGAUGAGUGCGAUGGCGGAAGAUAGUGUGGUAUCGUGUUCCGUGGCACAGUGGAUCUGCGCUGCCGAUCCCCUCUGUUCUACCGCAUUAGAUUAUUACCAUAGGUUGUGCAGAAGCAUGUUCCAUGGUAGAAAGUGCACUCCGCGUUGCAAUAACAGUUUGGCAAUUCUUAACAGGCAAGACAAAGCGACCAAGUUAAGAACGUGUUAUUGUGAUGGUAGCGAAGACUUUGCGUGUCACGAAGUGAAACAGAACACAAAUUAUUUAUGUUACGGGAAAAUAACUGCUAAAGAAGAAAAUGAACUAUCGUCCGCGUGUUAUUUAGGAUAUAAACUUCUAUUCUGGACUUGUAUAGUGUGGAACAUCAUUUUCACGAAACCGUGGAGAUAGUCAAGGUUUUUACUGGAGGAAAAAAUUAAAUCCGUCCCUUCGAGAAAAUCUCAGGUUAUGUACAGUAAAAUUUAUAUAUUAAAUUAUGUUCAGAUUAUUAAAAUAAAAGUCUUUU